AUGCCUCGGAGGACUGCCGAAGAAAUGGCGGCAAGGAAUGGCGGUGAAAACCCCUCAGCAGAGAAGCGUGCCCGCUAUGAGACGAAUGAAAGUGACGAUAAAUCGGGCGGCGGGGAGGCGCCGAACAAUGGCUCUGCCUUGACCGGUCGGCCGUUUUCCGACUUUGAUCUUCUGCCAAACACGGUUGAGGCACUCAAGAGCCAGGGCAUCACCGCCUUGUUCCCCGUCCAAGCACUCACCUACGAGGCGAUCAUGAAGGGAUCUAACGUGUUGGUGCAGGCGCGAACAGGGAGCGGUAAAACACUUGCCUUUGGCAUUCCCAUUCUGGAGAAACUCGCCCGAACGACGAAGAGUAACGAACAGCCUGUGCGCGGGCGAGGUCCUGCUGCCGUGAUCUUUUGCCCCACCCGCGAACUGGCCAUUCAGGUGCGGGAUGUCAUUGCUGGCAUCAGUAAAGGAUUCGUUGUCACCGCGCUCUACGGUGGUGUGGCGUACAGCACGCAGGAGAGGGCACUUUACAGCGGCGUGGAUGUGGUGGUGGCGACGCCGGGUCGUGCAAAGGACUUUUUGGAGAAACGCACUCUCUGUUUUGACCGCGUCAAGGUGGUUUGCCUCGACGAGGCGGACCACAUGCUUGAUAUUGGCUUUAAGGACGACAUUGAGCUUCUCUUACAGAAGGUGGCGGAGCAGAACGGAUCAACGGAGGGAAAUCCAAAUCAUCAGACCCUCUUGUUCUCCGCCACCGUGCCAGAGUGGGUUCACACCUGCUCCUUCAUCCCGAGAAACAAGGAAUUUAUUGACAUGGUUGGGCAGGGGACGAUGCGUGCCGCCAACACCAUCAAGUUUUACCGCCGAAAGUGUCACUUCAGUGAGGUGUCUUGCAUGUUGGCGGAUCUUGUAAAGGUUUAUAGCGGACGCCAUGGACGUACGCUUGUUUUUACAAACACCAAGAAGGAAUGUCAUGAUUUGUCUAUCAACAACACAAAGUUGGACUCCCAGUGUUUACAUGGUGAUAUGCAGCAAGAGCAGCGGGAGAGUACAAUGAAGAGUUUUCGGGACAAUAAGUUCAGCGUUCUCAUUGCGACCGAUGUGGCGGCCCGUGGGUUAGAUCUGCCUAUGGUGGACCUUGUCAUUCAAUGUGCCCCUCCUACUGACAUUGACGCCUUCAUUCAUCGUGCCGGUAGGACAGGUCGAGCCGGCCGAAAGGGUGUUUGUGUGCUGUUGCAUCAACCAAAGGAUGAAUACAUUGUGGAGCGUAUUGAACGCCACGCGAAAAUUAAGUUUGAGGUGCUUCCAGCCCCGACACGGGACGAGAUCCUCAGGGCCGUUGCAAGAGACGCGGCUGAGGACUUGGCGCGGGUGGAGCGUAGUGCCACAAACCUCUUUAUGGAGCAGGCCGCGGAGUUGCUGAAGGACGCUGAUGCAACUGAAAUUUUGGCCUCCGCCAUUGCAGUUAUGAGCGGCUACACCAGCAGCAUCACGCGACGUGGUCUCAUAACGGGGGCGAAGGGAUCUGUAACGAUUCAAAUGUUGGGGCAGCGCACCCUGCCUAUUCCCGUUUUCUGCAGUAUUCUCCGCAACAGUCUUGGAGACAAUCUCUUUACGCGAUGCAGAGACAUUACGCUUCUGCAGGAAUCACCUGGAUGCGUGUUUGACGUGCCAGAGGAGGUGGCGGACCAGAUUCUCUCAGCCCCCAUCCGUGGAAUGCAACUCGGCGUCAUCGAGACCCUGCCGCCGAUCAUUGCACGGGAGCUCAACAGUGGCAACCGUGGCGGUGGCGGCCAAAGCUAUUUUAACGGCCGCGGUGGCAGCAACGGUUACCACCGUAACGGUGGCGGCAACGGUUACUACCGUAACGGUGGCGGCAACGGUUACUACCGUAACGGUGGCGGCAACGGUUACUACCGUAACGGUGGCGGCAACGGUUAUCGCAGUAAUGGUUAUGGCAGUGGCGGGGGUCGUCGUGUCCAGCGACGCUACUAG